AUAUAUUAACCGCCGUCCUGGCCCCGCGGCAGAAGCCCCUUGUCUAGGUCACUAGUUAACGGACACCUUGCGCUGCCACGAUUAGUGUGAGCAGCACUUCAGGGUUAAUAAGAUGAGGACUUCAACUACGGUGCUUGCUUUGGCCGGAUUGCUGUCCGGUGCCGCAUCGUCCGAAGUGUCCCCGGUGCAGCGGUCAUUUCCCAAUGCCCCUGACGGCUACACCCCUGCGAACGUGAGUUGCCCGUCCAACCGUCCAGAAAUCCGGCUUGCGACGGGACUUUCGCCGAACGAGACUUCAUGGCUCGAGCGGCGCCGCAAUGUCACGCGGUCGGCUCUGAGUGACUUCUUUGGUCAUGUCAGCGUUGGAAAUUUUGACGCGGUCGGUUACCUUGAUCGGAUCGGUAGCAACUCCUCGAAUCUGCCCAACAUUGGAAUCGCAGUCUCUGGCGGAGGAUGGCGUGCUUUGAUGAACGGUGCUGGAGCCCUUAAGGCGUUCGAUAGCCGGACGGACAACUCAACCAGCGAAGGUCAACUCGGUGGCUUGCUGCAAUCCGCGACGUACUUGUCUGGCCUUAGCGGCGGUGGCUGGCUUGUUGGCUCCAUCUAUAUCAAUAAUUUCACCACCAUUUCGUCGCUGCAGUCGAACGAUGAUGUGUGGCAAUUCCAGAAUUCCAUCCUCGAAGGCCCUGACAAGGGCGGUAUUCAGAUUCUUGACACCGCGGGCUACUACAGAGAUCUGUACGAUGCGGUUAACGGUAAGAGAGACGCUGGGUACGAUACAUCGCUCACGGAUUAUUGGGGCCGUGCACUUUCAUACCAGUUGAUCGACGCUGUACGCGGAGGCUCGAGUUACACUUGGUCAUCCAUUGCCCUGGGCCAGAACUUUCGUGAUGCCGAGAUGCCGCUGCCGAUUCUGGUUGCGGAUGGUCGUUUCCCGGGUGAACUCUUGAUCUCCGGAAAUACAACAGUCUAUGAAUUCAACCCCUGGGAAUUUGGCAGCUUUGAUCCGACUGUCUACGGAUUUGCGCCAUUGGAAUACUUGGGUUCCCGCUUUAUCAAUGGUUCCAUUCCACGCAAUGAAAGUUGCGUUCGUGGUUUUGAUAAUGCUGGAUUUGUCAUGGGCACUUCUUCCAGUCUGUUCAACCAGUUCUUCCUUCAACUGAACGGCACUAGCCUUCCAGAUUUCUUGAAGGACGUCAUCGGUGAUGUUCUCGCAGAUAUCGGCGAAGAUGAUAAUGACAUUGCCGUCUACUCCCCUAACCCGUUUUACGGCUGGUUACCACAAAACUCCCCCUACGCCGGCGAGGAAAACCUCGACGUCGUGGACGGCGGGGAGGAUCUUCAGAACCUCCCUCUCCACCCGUUGAUCCAACCUUCGCGCCACGUCGAUGUUAUCUUCGCGAUUGACUCCUCUGCUGAUGUUAACGACUGGCCGAACGGCACUGCUCUCGUCGCCACCUACGAGCGCAGUCUGAAUUCCACCGGUAUUGGCAACGGAACUGAGUUCCCUGCAAUUCCCGACCAGAACACCAUCGUCAACCUGGGAUUGAACACUCGUCCAACUUUCUUCGGAUGCGACAGCACUAACACCUCCGCUCCGCUGGUCGUCUACAUCGCCAAUCGCCCCUUCGUCUACCAGUCUGAAGAAACCAUAUCCAAUUUCUCGACCUUCCAGCUCAGCACCUCACUCGAACAAAGAGACAACAGUAUCCAAAAUGGCUAUGCUGUUGCAACAAUGGGUAACAGCACUGAAGACAGCAACUGGUCUGCUUGCGUUGGCUGUGCGAUCCUCAGCCGCUCGUUUGACCGCACCAACGAGCAGGUUCCUGAUAUCUGCACCCAAUGCUUCGACAGAUACUGCUGGAAUGGAACCCUCAACAGCACCACACCUGCCCCUUACUACCCUGCUGCCGUUCUGGGUAGCGGCUCUUCCAAGCUUUUCCCAACAGUUUUGUCGAGUGUCGUGGCGGCGAGCAUUGCGAUUGCGACGAUGGUAUAACUGCCAUAAUUUAUCUGAAGUAUUUACAUGUAAAUAUAUAUACACGUUUUAUCGGGUUCUUUCAUUUAAUACUUGGAUAGUUUAAACAAUUUCUAUGUUGACUUUGGA